CGCCGGUGAAGAGCAAACAGGAUCUUCGCCCUCGGUGAGGCACAGUGCGGAGGAUUAGUCAUACCCAAGGGGCAUCUUCGGCUGCGUGUUCCCGUGACUAUGAGAUUACGGACUUAUGCAUCGGCGGCGCUGGCGGUGGCGCUCGUGUGGGCGUGCGCGAGGAGCGUCCGGGCGGCGGCCGAGGCGGAGGCCGACCCAGACCCAGGGAGGAGCAGGAGGCAGCUGUUCUCAGUCAGCGACGGCCGCAUUGUCAUAGGCAGCCCCAACACGGACAUCGAAAGGGACGAUUCCGCCCGCAGUUGCACCACGCCUGUGGGGGAGGCCGGCCUCUGCAAGGACCUCAGCGACUGCCCGAACCUCAUCCUCGACCUCACGAACUUAAGGAAGUCCGUCUGCUUCAAGAGCCUCUUCGUCCCUGGUGUCUGCUGUCCUAUUAAGGACCUGGACCUGAACAGCGUGCACAGCCCCUCGUCGUCCGUGACCUCCAGCCCGCGCCCUGUCACAGUCACACAGCGGCCUCGGCCCCCGCCUCCCGUACCUGGAACCUCACCUCGCCCACUUCCCAUACAACCUAUAGCAGAGGUCGCGCAGUCUAACUUUGAAUGCGGGCAGCCGAAGAUCCCGACCUUCCGCGUGGUUGGCGGCGCCGAAUCCCGAAGAGGCCAGUGGCCCUGGAUCGCAGCCGUCUGGUUGCACGGGCCCAAGAAGACGGUGUUCUGGUGCGGAGGAUCUCUCAUCUCGAAGCAGUACGUCCUCACCGCCGCUCACUGCACCAAGGACACGCGGGGAAAGACAUUUGAUGCCCAGCAGUUUAGCGUGCGUCUUGGAGACCACAACAUCUUCAGUGAGAGUGAUGACUUCAUUUCCAACCCACAGACAUACAGGGUCCUGUCCAUCCGGCCUCACCCAGAAUUCAAGUCCCACGGCUUCUACAACGACGUGGCGCUCCUGAAGCUCGACCGCCCCGUCGACUUCACGGAGUACAUCCUGCCCGUGUGCCUCCCGUCGACGGCCAUGGCGCGGCAGCCCUUGGACCACAUGGUGGGCCAGACGCCCACGGUCAUCGGCUGGGGCUCCACAAGCUACGGUGGCCACGAGAGUGCCGUCUUGCGCGAAACCCAGGUCCCAGUCUGGUCGAACAGCGACUGUGACAACGCCUACACGCAGCCCAUCACUGAGGCCUUCGUCUGCGCUGGCUUCACGGAGGGAGGGAGAGAUGCCUGCCAGGGUGACAGCGGUGGCCCUCUGCAGCUCUACAUCGAUGGAAACUGGAUUCAAAUUGGCAUCGUUUCCUUUGCCAUUCGUUGCGCCGAACCGGGGCAUCCGGGCGUCUACACAAGACUUACAGAAUUCUUGCCCUGGAUUCACUCGAACAUGAUAUAAGGGUACUGCUAUGCUGUGCACGGCAGAUCACUGUGAUACCAGUAUGUAGAAAUGAACAGACCUUAUUGUUAACAUUUGCAGCUAGACUUCCAUUGCUAUGUUCUCAUGUAAUCUGGUCUGGAACUACUUCUUUGUAAUAAGUUUUUAAGAUAUGUCUGUUGUAGUGUUUACACAACACCAAACAUGUUAUUUAUUCUUUUUGUUAGUAUAAAAAUUUAUACAGAUAACAAGAAAAUAAGGUUUUUCAAUUGCUCUAGUUUUAAUAUUGUUGAGACUCCUUUUUCUGUAGGCACUUUUAUAAACUAUUGUCUUUAGAAACCUGUUAGGAUUAACGGAUAAUAGUUAGCAUUCGCAAUCAUAUAGUUGACACUGUAUUUUGCAUUUUCAUCAGAAUAAUUCCAUUCAGUUCAUAUUAUAUCACUCAUUGACCAUUGCUGUGUUGCACACGUUAUUAACAAAUUUCUCGCUGCAACGAUAGCCUAGUUACGAUCUCUUUUCCCCUCGCUUGUAAUGCCUGUAAAAGUUAGUUAUAUUAUCUGCUUCUCUUGAAGAUGACAGUGAUCUUACAAAAAUAACAUUCUGCUGGACAGAUCCAUCUUUUUGUAAAUGUAUGUAAAUAUGUUACCUCAUCAAAGAAUAAAUGCCAUAUGACUUAU